AUGCAAAAGGCGACCUACUACGACAGCUCGGCAAUUUACAGCGGCUACCCCUAUCAAGACGCAAACGGCUACGGUUAUGACGCCAAUCAAGAGCAAUAUCCCCCAGUCCCUCAUGUGGAAAGGGAGUAUCGUCCAGCGUGCUCCUUGCAGUCCCCUGCUGGCUCCACAGUGCUACAAAAACCCGGCGAGAUGACGGAGGGCUGCGAGAGAAGCACUGGGAUCCAGGCCGCCCGAGCACCCGUCCACGCUGACAGCAAUCAGCCGCCCGUGGCUCCACCCGAUUCACCGUCGCCCAGUACCCUGACCCAAAACGUAAGCAAUGGCUCGGGAGCCAAGAACCCUGGGCACGACUCUCCCACCCCGCCUGCCCGAAAGCACAUCUUUCCCUGGAUGAAGGAGUCGAGACAGAACACGAAGCAGAAAUCCAGUAGCACCAACAAUUGUUUCCUCUGUUCAUUUACAGUGGAGAGCUGCCCUGGAGACAAGAGCCCGCCCGGGUCUUCCGCCUCCAAGCGCGCCCGAACCGCAUACACCAGCGCACAGCUUGUGGAGCUGGAGAAGGAAUUCCAUUUCAAUCGUUAUCUUUGUCGCCCGCGACGUGUGGAAAUGGCUAACUUACUGAAUCUGACGGAGCGACAAAUUAAGAUAUGGUUUCAGAAUCGUAGGAUGAAGUACAAAAAGGACCAAAAGGGUCUCGGGAUGAUGCCGUCACCGGGGGGACAGUCCCCUCGUAGUCCCCUCGCGCCUUCUUCCGGUGGUGGAGGUGGAGCGGGUGGAUAUCUGAGUUCCAUGCAUUCUAUGGUCAACAGUGUGCCCUACGAGUCCCCAUCCCCAACCUCUUACAGCAAACCUCAUUCUAAUGCAUACAGUCUCGCCACGUCAUAUCCGCCUCUCAACAGCUCCCUGAACAAUUGCCUGCCUCCUCAGAAGCGGUAUCCGGGGGCCGGCUCCGCCACGCCUGAGUAUGCUACGCACCAUCUCCAAGGCAACAAUAACUACGGGACGCAAAUGCAGGGCAGCCCUGUAUAUGUUGGUGGCGGUGGAAGCUACCUCGACUCCAUGGGUAAUAAUGGAUCAUCAGUGUUUGGACUGACACAUCUCCCUCAUCCGCAGACUGACAACAUGGACUACAACGGCUCAAUCACAAUGGGCAAUAGUCAUCGUCACAGUUCGUGCGACUCGACCCCCUGCACAUACACAGACCUUACGACGCAUUACUCUCAGGGAAGAAUCCAGGAAGCACCCAAACUGACUCAUCUGUAA